UCUCUGAAGAUCUUAUCCUGCCCUGUCAUAUUGUAUAUUUCUAUAUUUGUGUAUAUUUAAACUGAAUGUAUUUAUAUGUUAAUGUUUAAACGUUAAUUUCAGGAAAGACACAGCAGUUUUGUGUAAAGAAGUGAUCAUCCAUUCAGUAGAUCGCAGCCCAAAUCCUGCCCACUGUACCGUCCAAUCUGGUGGAUCCGUCCAAUCCACAACAGGAUUCCAAAAUUUAUCCUGAUGAAAGCAGAGGCAGUUCAACACCAGUUCACUUAAAAUCGUUGGAGCGUGUAUCACACAUCUAUAACAUCCACACAGACCAAUCAGUGACAGAUGUUUGCUCUUCGCCCAAGGAUGAGAAAAGUAGGAAGUCUUCAGAGAGUCGCACCCUCAGCUGGGUGUGUGAGAUGCAUCAGCUCAGGUGGUGCAGAGAAACUUUUCCACAGCCGAGACCACUCCGACAUCCAGACCCUUACAUCUCACCAGGCUCAGGAUAUAACAGACACCUACACAGCAGAGUUAUUUCUCUCCAGAUAUGGGUUCAUGCAGCCAGUGGACUGGGAGGAGGUUCCGUUUGAAGAUUCACCUGUGGAUUUUAAUGAUGAUUUCCUUGAUCUUCAAGCCAUGAUCCAGGAGGGAACGCCAACGUUCCAUUCCAGGAAUUCUCCUCAAGAUGGUGUUGAAGGUAUACACAAGAAACUGAGUCAGAGUGAUGCAUUUAUUUCAGCACUUAAAGAGUUCCAGAAAGUGUCUGGCCUGCCUCUGACAGGAGUGUUUGAUGAGGCCACCAAGUUGGCCAUGAACAAACCCAGAUGUGGUGUCCCUGACAAGGAGCUGGACCUGAGCGCCCAUAAAGAUGAUAGCAUCUUAGACAGUGAGAGUGGUUUUAGUGAUGAUUUUAAUGAGACGGACAGCAACUUUACAUCAGGUGACAUAAUUACCGACCCUUCAUUGAGGGCAUCAAACACUUCUGAAGACAACACAUUCAACUUCAAUGACACAGAUACUGACCUCGCAGCUCUUUCCAAUCACACAAGCACAAACAGCACAGAGGAUUUCAACAUAUUCAGCGACGUGGCUGCGGAGAGUUCAAAUGACACAGUGACACACAGUCAAGUGGGGAACGUGGACACAGACGGCAGACACCAGAGCGAAACAGUCCGGCGCAGGAAGCGCCACCUCGCGGCUCUUGUGUCCAGAAGCAGACGAAAGAGGGACCUGGGUUCCACUGGUUACAUGGCCUUUUCCAAGAUGGUGCUGAGUUGGAGGCUCAUCGGUGAAGGCUACAGCAGUCAGCUGUCGGUGGAGGAGCAGAGGUACAUCUUCAGACUGGCCUUCAGGAUGUGGAGUGAGGUGUCGCCACUGGAGUUUGUGGAAGACACGCGUUCUCCACUGGAGGACGUUGACAUCAGACUGGGCUUUGGCACAGGAAGACAUCUUGGUUGUAACCAGAGGUUCGAUGGAACUGGUCAGGAAUUUGCUCAUGCCUGGUUCUUGGGUGACAUACACUUUGAUGAUGACGAACAUUUCACUGCUCCUAAUACUGGCAGUGGGAUCAGCCUUCUCAAGGUGGCAGUUCAUGAGAUUGGUCACGUGUUAGGCCUCCCUCACAUAUACAGGUCUGGGUCUAUAAUGCAGCCCAGUUACCUGCCACAGGGCUCUGGUUUCGAGAUGGACUGGAUGGAUAGAAAGGCAAUACAGAACCUCUAUGGUGUGUGUAAAGGUGGGUUCAACACAGUUUUUGACUGGAUCAGGAAAGAAAGAACGCCGUACGGGGAAAUCUCCAUUCGCUUCAACACCUAUUUCAUGAGAGACGGUUGGUACUGGCUGUACGAGAACAGAAAUAACCGCACACGUUACGGUGAUCCCGUGACCCUUCAGACUGGUUGGCGUGGGAUACCUGCGGACGGGGUGGAUGCAUACGUUCACGUAUGGUCCAGGAAAAGCGAUGCUGUGUACUUUUUUAAAGGUACUCAGUUCUGGAGGUAUGACACUGAAAAUGACAAGGUUUUUGCGCAGGACCCAGGAGGACGUCGUUAUCCCAGGCUAAUCUCCGAGGGGUUUCCAGGCCUUUCUGGUCCCAUCGACACGGCCUUUUACGACAGGAGAGACUCUCACAUCUACUUCUUCAAGAACAGACUUGUGUAUGCAUUCAAUGUAGCAGCCAACAGCUUGGCAAGAGGCUUCCCUAAAAACAUCAGGGAUGUUUUCCCUCCCGUGGUGAGCGGAGACCAUCCAGAUGGCAACGUUGAUGCUGCCUACUUCUCCUACACCCACAAUGCUCUCUUUCUACUUAAGGGCCAGCGUUUUUGGCAGGUGGUGGGCAGCCGUGAUCGUUGGCGCUGGCCCAUUCUGCCUCGUAAUGGCCUGCUGCCACACAAGGAGGUAAAUCAGCAUUGGUUGGACAUUUGUAACGUUCACCCCACUGCACUCAAACUGAGCCACUGAGACAUGGGAGAGAACAACCCUGGAGCUGAUAAGACGUAGCUGUUCUGGUACGUUAAUAAAACUGUGGGGCUGUCCUCAGUGCAGGACAUCCUCUCCUGUAGUAUUGAUCGUUGAGCAGCAUGGGCAUAGAGGUGUCAGACAAGGAAGACUUCUUCUUCUGCUCAUCUUAAGAUUGUUGGAUGGUAUUUGGAUGGUAUUUUUUUUUCUUUUCAUAGCAGAUACCAAUGAAUUGAGGCUGAUACUUUAUUUGAAUACUCGUACUCAAAAACGUGUACCAAAGCAGCGAUCUGAAACUCGGUAAUGGCUUAUUACAACUGUGUUUUUUACUGCAGUUAUUGCUCUGUGGAAAGUUAAAUGAAGUACUGUAGGUAGAUAAUGUCAGCAGUUUGGAGGUAUUUCAACAUGCGGGACAAAGACUUACUGUAAUAUUUGUUCUGUUAGAUACUAGCAAAUAAUUAAACACCUGAAAACUACACUAACACAUUAAUGUCUCAGUUUAUCGGCACAGUAGACCUCCACCAUUUCCCACAGAGCUGGUCCACCUAUGUGCAGUACAUAGUACAUGCCUUCUAGUUCAUUGCAUAUUUAUAGAAACACUGCAUAAAGUACAGUUUUGGUAUUGAAAAUACUAGUAAGCUAUUGGUGAAAGAGUACAACCCUAGUGAAGUUAUACCUACAUGUCUGAUAGUACUUGACUAUGUCGACUGUUUCAUUAACAUCUGCAGUGAAAGCAUGAAUCAGUUACUUUCCUCUAAAUCACCUUCAGAAUCUCAUAUCCACAGACAGCUGCAGGUGUCUGUGGAUAUGAGGAUAACGUCAACAUCCAAGACAUGUUACACAUGCUGAUGCAUCCCUGCAGGAUUUAGGUAAAGACUUAGAAACUUCUAAAAAGUGUGGUCUGUGAAUCUUAUCUGUAGAUCCAUUUAUUUUUUGGAAUUAGGGUAACUGAUUUACACACAAACAACCAAAGGGAAACCUGAAUGUGAAAUGAUUGAAAAGCAGGCUCAUCUCCUGACUUAAUGCUGUUCCAUUUCAUAGUAAUCAUUUGAGCAAGGUGCAAAGAAACAGACAUUGAUUCUGUGAUCAAUACGUUACUUGAAUGCUCUUAUUAAUAUUAAUGCAGACCCUCAGCUAAGGAAGGGCCUGGAAGGCCUCAGAUAACUAGCGCUGUGCUGCAGGCGCUCCAUCAGCUGUAUUAAUAAAUUGAAGAAGAAAUCAAUUACAAGCAAAAGAGGGGGGAUUAAUAUGGAGCCACAGAGAUGGCUGUCACAAGAUGAUGAGUUUUCUUUUACAGAAUGAGCUUCUUUCUCUGCGCUGCCAUUAACGGCAUACAAAUGGAUGUAGUUGGUCUUUCCCUGCGGAAGAAAAAGUCUGAUUGACCUCGUUUUGUCUGUCUGAUUUUAUUUUUUGUGAAUUUAGAGUAUUUGGGUGACAAAAGUUGGACAAGUCAUCAAAGCUUUGAAAAUACUUCAUAUUAAUAUUCAUAUCAAUUAGGGACAUUUUAGGAACUUCAAGGACAUAUUUUGAGUGGGCCUAAUGAGUGGGAGCUAGUUAGAGCCUAGUAAGGGAUUUAUAAACACAAUUCAGUUUCAGUAUGUUUUAUUCUAAGAGGCUGAAGCAUCAGCAAAUACCACGGGCCACAUGCAGUUUUGUUGGGUCACCAUAUUUCUAGUGAAUAACAAAACGAAGCUAAACAUCCAGCAGUCUGUGCAUUCAAAAACACAACCUGUCUUAGGAUUUAUCUGCGUGUGUAUCAUGGGAUAGAUGUUUCAGAUAAACCAGCCAACUGGAAGCUAGCAAGCUAACUGGAGUCAGUGUUGCCUUCACUGUCCAGCAUUGAAUGGUUAAGUUGGUGAGGUGAGGAAUAAGUUACACAGUUAAAGCAUAGGAAAGUUAAUUACAAUAAAAGACCAUUGAAUUUAAAUAAUAAUGAAACAAUAAUGAAUAAACAACAAUAAUACAAUGAAUAAAACAAAAAUAAUAAUUAAUUAAUAAAACAAUAUUAAUUAUGAAUAAUAAAAAUAAUAG